AUGGCUUCCUACUACCACUAUAAUACGCAGGCGGCUCACGGUGCGCCAUUGUCGCACAACCACGGCGGCCACCGCAAUCGCAGAGCUCCUCGACUGUCCGUUUCACAAAAUGCUCAGAGGCAAUUCCGGGGCGCGCGCAACAUGAAAGACCUGAACGAAUCCGCUGCGCUUUCGGCCUUUCGCAUGAAGUUCGAAGCUGGCCGCUCCUUCGAGCUUGAGGACGAUUUGGAGUUUUGCCCGAACCUCCUGACCGAGACUGAUUUGGUUUCCAUUUCGAGUGCAUCCGAAAGAUCGUCCCUGGCCAGCAACUCUCCUGAAUCUUCGCCGACGCAACAGCCUCAGACCGUUGCGCCUGGCUUUUCCCUGAACUCGACAUCUACCGCUUUCAUCCCUCCUAGCUUUCAAACUCAGCAUUCGAACAUCAAACUUCACCAGCCGUCGGCCACCCGCGGCCGCAACGCCAUCCCCAUCAUCAACCCAGCCACUGGUAUUACCAUGUCCAGUCCACCCCCGUCGGUUUCGCCUGCCACGAUGCAGCAGUCCCACGGUCGGCGGUGGUAG